AUGUGCUCGCAGGUGUGCGACUUCCACGGACGUGCGGUGGCACACCCGCAGGAAUCAGUCGUCCCUUCAGCCUUGGCGGCUUGCUUCAUGUCCGGCAGCCUCGAGCAGCACCUCGUCUUCACGGGAUUGGUCGGAGCCGGCCCUCACUUGGAUUAUCUGACCACCACCGUCUACUUCUCGAUCAACUCUGGGCGCCCGCUGGCGAGAGCCGCCGGUCCAAUGCAGGUGGGGGAGGACGAGCGCGUCUACGUGGCCGUGAAAUACCCUACCAUGAACGAGCUCUGGCCGGAGAUCUACCAAAACGUCGCCGUUGAGGUGGUGCAGGUGGACGUCUUUAUCACGGUUCGUUCGGGGCACAAGACUAUCCGUUAUCCCGGCACCGAGCUGAAGGUGACAUACCGGCGCACCAGGAUGUCCCCGGAUGUUGUCGACUACGACGAUGAUGACGAGGAAGAGUGAAGACGAUGAUGACGAGGAAAAAGAGUGAAUACGACCAGAUUCGUAAACAACCGUUCGCGGCGUCUGCAGGAGGAGUGGCCCUUUCCUCCGCUCCAGACACUGAGGCAGGCGCGUCGUGCGUGAUGUAAAUACAACGCGCUACCUACGGUGUCGUCCCCGGUAGUCGCAUGUUACAUGGUGUCUUGUCUGUCUUGUCUUGUCUUGGUUGAUUGAUUGAGUGGUGUGAAUGUGUGUACGGUACGUUGUGAAAUUUUGAGGUAUGUUUUGUUUAUUAACGCCGACGUUGAGUGCAGGUGUUUCUGUAGUGAAUUGGUGCCAUUUUUAUUUAAUUGCCCCUCUGGCUAGAACUCGGAGCGGGCUGCGCACUACAGGGGGCUGGACCUUUUGGUUGGUUGAGCGCACCCAGCACGUAUUACUACUGUCUCGCCUACAUCUAGCAUGUCAUGUGUGAAGGCAGACUGGCGUGUUUCGCGUUGGUUUUUUUAUCCUUGUGUGAUGAUCCUACGUCGUGGGAGCUGGUCGAAAUACGCCAACUACGUAUGCUUUUAUCGAUCACGUUUACUUUAAGAUUGCAGGAUUUUGUUUUGGACACCGAAAGGUCAAGGUUUUGUUUCAUGGGGGGGGGUGGGACUAUAGAUAAUCUGACUUAUGUUUCCACGUAUAGCAUAUAAUACAUUCCAGGAAGAAAUCGUUCGUGCGAAGUUCAUUUACAGGAGGAAUGGCAGCGCGUCCGGACCACAACGAACGGUUAAUUUUAUUUUGGUGUUUGUUUGUGGCCAGCCACCCGCAUUGGUUUCUUCUUGACGGGGAGGUUGACUUGCUUGUUGGUUGUUUUGUGCCGCGCUUCAUUGCUGCUAUUUUUGCUGUCAGUCGCGUAAAGCCUCAGCUGUCUGUUUGUUCUUAACUCUAUUUGUGUUUGUCGACGAUCGGCGUUUUUAUGUUGUUGUUGUUGUAUACUAAAAUCCUUUGAGGCGACAAGGAACCGGAGAUGAUCCAUAUUGAUUGAUGUAUGUCUGAACCGAGCUUCUGAGUGGUUCGGCGGGAUGAGCCGUCACGCGACUUUUACAACAUACAUACGUAUGGGGAGGGUGGGGACUGACUGUUGU